UGCAGAGGGAUCGGCCAGCGAACGCAUGGAGUCCCGAGCCGCUGACAGCUGUUUGUUGGGCGACGUGGGUUUCUGGGUGGAACGCACCCCUGUCCAUGAGGCUGCCCAGAGAGGUGAAAGCCUGCAGCUGCAACGAUUGAUUGAGAGCGGUGCCUGUGUUAACCAGGUCACGGUAGACUCCAUCACGCCCUUGCAUGCAGCCAGUCUGCAGGGCCAGGCUAGGUGUGUGCAGCUACUGCUGGCAGCUGGAGCCCAGGUGGAUGCCCGCAACAUUGAUGGCAGCACUCCCCUCUGUGACGCCUGUGCCUCAGGCAGCAUCGAGUGUGUGAAGCUCUUACUGUCCUAUGGAGCGAAGGUCAAUCCACCCCUGUAUACAGCGUCCCCCUUGCACGAGGCCUGCAUGAGUGGGAGUUCCGAAUGUGUGAGACUUCUUAUUGAUGUUGGGGCCAAUCUGGAAGCACACGAUUGUCAUUUUGGGACCCCUCUACAUGUGGCCUGUGCCCGGGAGCACCUGGACUGUGUCAAAGUGCUGCUCAAUGCAGGGGCCAAUGUCAACGCAGCAAAACUUCAUGAGACAGCCCUUCAUCAUGCUGCCAAGGUGAAGAACGUGGAUCUCAUUGAGAUGCUCAUUGAGUUUGGCGGCAACAUCUACGCCCGGGACAACCGUGGGAAGAAGCCAUCUGACUAUACGUGGAGCAGCAGUGCCCCUGCCAAGUGCUUUGAGUACUAUGAAAAGACACCUCUAACCCUGUCACAGCUCUGCAGGGUGAGCUUGAGGAAGGCAACCGGAGUCCGAGGGCUGGAGAAAAUCGCCAAGUUAAACAUCCCUCCCCGGCUCAUCGAUUACCUUUCCUACAACUGAGGUGCAGGCACAUGGACCAGGACAGCCUGGGGACUCGUGCUGCUUUUGCUGUGCCCAGCAUCAGGCAGGAGAGGGCUCUGCCUGUUUGUCUGAAACCCUAUAAUUGCUAUGGAUAGAACAUUUAUUUAAGCCCCUCAGCAGCCUGAACUCUGAACCCUGGAGAGUAUUUCUAUACUCUUGAGGUGUCCUGUGUCUCAGGUCACACUUGUAGGUAUAACCUUGUGCUGGUGGUCUGGAACUUAUGCUGCAGCUCCAGCUUGGGCCCAGUAGACCAGCGUGCCUCUUUGCACUGAUCUUCCUCAGGGCAGACAGCUCAGGGAGCAUGGGAGGCCAGGUGAGGCUGGUGUUGCAAGGCACAGCUAUUGGUUUUCAUGUCUGUGUAGCAUGCCACAGAAGCACCAGGGCCUUGGGUGCCAGCUGCCAUCUCUGGGUGCACGCCAGUGAGUGUGCUCCAGAGGCUGCACCCAUGGAACAUCAGAUCCUACCCACACUGCUGACAUUCUGCCACCCUGAUGGUUUUUUUCUGAAGCAGCAGGUAGCACUUUCUAAGGCCCAUCUGUGUCCAGGUGAAUUUGUCACUCAGGGGUUUCGUCCAGGUCUGGGGGAUAGCUUAGGCUCUGUUUCCCAUAACCAGCACAGUGUUCCUUCAGAAGUCUGUCUUCAGUGUUAAGUCUCAACUCCUAGAAAAAUGUUUAUGUAGGAUUAAAAAAUAUGUUUAGAGGCCAUGUAGGCUAUAACACUAAAGUUUCAUGAAUGAGUCAUUCAAUCAAAAGGUAAUAUGAAGGCAUGUUAGAGAAUAGUCAUUUCCAAUGUAAAGGGCUGUUAGCCUAUACUGGGAUGGAUUUUCAUUCGUUAUUCACUCGCUCUAAAUUUUCCUAAUUGCUUACAGUUAUAAAAGUAAUAUAGUUUGACAGCAUCUGGUGGGCAUUAAUACUUGUAACCCAAUGGGCCCUAGCUCCCACUUAUUUUGUUCAUUUUUCGGAUACUCGUGGGACAUGUCUCCUGAAAUGUGUCAUUCGAAAGGAUAUUGUUCCAGUGUUUUGAACAACAGAGAUGAGGCUCGUCACUCAAAGCAGGAAUUAGUUUAGGUAUAUUUGGUUUCUGGGGGAAUGGAGAAGGCAUCAACUGUGAAUGCUGGGUCACAAGUGUCCUGGAGACAGUAUGCUUAGAAAUGGGAGUAUGGCCUAGAAUGAGAUUGAGAUAGUCAACACAGUGUUAGUUGUGCCACCUGACCAGAGCUCACCUCUCUACUUGGUGACUUUAGUGGGGCCAUAGAUCUGGGUAUUUUUCAUCUCCAAGACUUUAGCCAUUGUAAUUAGGGCUUCAUCUUAAACUGAAAAGAGCCACUUCUGUUGGAUUAAGUCUUAGAUACAAGUUCUAGAUGAAUCCUUGUCUCUGCAUGUAGUAAUAAUAAUUGUCAAAAGAGAGUUCUGUUGUUUCAAUUUUGUAACAGAAACUUGACUCUAUCAGUGAAAUGAAAUCUGAUUACAUCUCUACAUAAUACGGCACUUUAUUACAAGAUCUUACUGCUCAAUAAACAUGGUUGAAUGA